AUGUGUCCGUCUGUGUGGGUGGUGGUGCUAGCGAUGAUGGUGAUGAUGUCUGGUGAGGGUGAGAGUCUCAUGCCGCCCGUCUCCACCGGCCUAGAACAACUCGUGAGGGCGGCGUCUGCUACCUGUGAUGCUCUGCCUCUAGAGCUGCUCUAUAGUUGGUCGUCGAUACCUGAACUGGAGUUCUAUGAGUAUUCUGAGGAGGGGAAAAGGAUCUACAAGCUGUCCAAGGCUCACGUGCUACUCCGACGUCGACUGCCAACAGAGCUCGUCGUCUACAUCCCGGGCUGGUGGAACACACCCACUGAUGAGUCCUCGCAGGCGCUGGUGAAGGCUUUGUUACAAAAACAUUACUUGAUCCUUGUAUUGGACACUCGCGCUUCAUUCUGCAGAGGCUACGUCGGCUCCGCUUCCCGCGUCCAUGGAGUAGCUCAGAAGGUGUUUAAAUUUCUUAAAAACAUUCAAGCGGAAGGCUAUCCGCUCUCAUCAGUACAUAUGAUCGGAUUCAGUCUAGGAGCACACGUGGCCGGCGUGACGGGGAAGUUGGUUCAGAGUCGAUUGAGUGGCAAAGUUGGAAGAAUAACGGCGUUAGAUCCCGCGAGACCUUGCUUCACCCGGUCUACUGAGUAUAGACUGGACAAACACGAUGCCAAGUUCGUUCAAGUGAUUCAUACAAGUGCUGGUGUGUUGGGUUUGGAGUCCCCGCUGGGUCACGUGGACGUGUACGUGAACGGCUUGCUGGUCUCUCAGCCCGAGUGCCGCGAGCGAGCGGUCAGUCUGGAGUGUGACCACGCACAGUCUUGGAAACUGUUUUCGUCCUCGGUCACCGACAGCCGCUCCUUACUGGCAAGGAAGUGUAAGAACUGGCUCGAACUCAACAGCGGGCAGUGCAGCGGGAACGAAACAAUCUUAGGUUACACGUGCAAUCCAAAAAUAAGAGGAAUGUUCCUCUACAGAUCACAAGAAGUCAGAACUCAAAUGUGGGUGUUCAACCCCUUCGAUAUAAAAACUUGGUUUUCGAGAUAA